AGAAAACUAUGAAAAGACAGCUACUUGCUAACAUCCUAGCCACAAUUAUAACCUCUUAAUAUGUCAGAUGUUUGGCUUUCCUGCUGCUUUUUCUGUCCCAAAAUGACUCAUCUGUAAAUAUAGUUCAUGACCCCAAGGAGCCAGAACAACCCCUAAAGCUCCCACCAACAGAGCGUAGACAAGCUCUCAGCUAAAUGUCAGUCCAACAGACAAAUCCAGAGAAAACAGUUCGGCUCUGCAGAUGUUCAACAGGGCAGCAACGCCCAAAACCAACGUCACAUUUUACAAUAACGUAACACCGCUGAAGAUACAGUAUCAGGUUUGACCUACGAACACUUAAACCAGGAUCACACCCUGAUGAGCUACAGAGCUCCAGAGCUGGCAGUGAACCACCUGUCUGAUAACUUCUCUGGGAGUCCUGAAGGAGCUCUGGUUCUGGACGUCGCCUGUGGGACUGGAUUGGUGGCCAAACUGAUGGCUGAACUGGGCUUCAGGCACUUUGUGGGAGUGGACGGCAGUAAGGGCAUGCUGGAACUUGCUGCCAACACCGGCUUCUAUCAGGACCUCAGACUGGCCUUGCUGGGAACACAACCACUGCCUGCACAGGCUGACAUGUUUGAUGUAGUGAUCAUCGUCGGUGCUCUGGAUGCUGGUUUUGCACCGGUCAGCGUUGUCCGGGAGCUCUGCCGUGCUGCCAAACCAGGAGGGUUUGUCUGCAUGGCGAGAGGCGAACACAGAGGAGCGCCGGCAACUGAAUACAAGAAGGAUCUGGAGAGAGAGCUGCAGCUGAUGGAGGAGGAGGGACUGUGGAGUCCAGCAGCAGUCAAACAGUCUGAGAGAUACAUGGAAGACCCGCAUCUGAAUGCUGAGAGAGUGGAGGGUAUGGAGGAGGAGCGAUACAUCAGCGGGACUGUUUAUCUGUACCAGAAAUCCUUUAAUCCAUCGAAACCAAUCAUUAAUCACACUCAUGUUUCAGCAGCGAAGGCAACGUUCAGCAGAGAGUAAAGGAGAAUCCAGAAUAUUCAGUUACAAAAAACAUACACUUUUAUUUGCAUUCAUGCCCCAGGAGGUGAGAGAACCGGUCAGUAUCACGUCCAUCAGAACAAGUCAAUUAAUCAAUUAGUCCAUCAACAGAAAAUAACCAUCAACUAUUCUGAUCAUCGAGUCAUCGUUUAGUAAUUUUUCAGGCAAAAAUUUGCUGGUUAAAGCUUUUAGAUACGAUGAUUUGCUACUUUUCUUUGUGAUUAUAAACUGAAUAUUUUUGGGGUUUUUUGAGAAUGUUGGUCAGAAAAAACAACAAUGAAUACAUAAUUUAAAAAGUUUAUUCUUUUAUUUGAUUGGGACGAUUCAUGGACCUCGUCCCUGGGUCUCGCAGUAACACAGACAAUAAGGGAACACACAUGAACAACCACCACGAACAAAGACUGUACGCUGUAUAAAGCAUCAUUCCAGUGCUCACAGGUUUGCUUUGUUUCAGACAGAGUUCUGCUUUAGUUAGUGUGUUGGUCUCAUUAGUGAGCUGCAAAAACUGCUACCUGUAUACCUGCUGUAUUUCUGGGGUCAUUUACACACUUAAAAAGCAAUUUUAUAGAUUAGAAAUGUCUAAAAACUUUGAAUCCUAAUUGGUUAUACUUUUCCAGAAUUUUACAAUCCUUAGUUUUACCUACUUCUGAUCCAGUAUUUCUAAAGCUCGGCUGUCGUGACAUUAUAGGUUUCAUAUCUGAUUGGGUGGCCGAGCUCGAGGUGGUAACACAAUAAAAAAGAUGUGAUAGAAGCGUGUGUAUGUAAAAAUUUAUGGGAAAAUACGAGAAAAAAAGAAGAAAUAAAUUAGAUGAAAACAAGUCAAGUAUUAACGGUCUCACAAACUUUUUUAAUUGGGAAUCUGUUACAACAUCUAGAUAUUUGAACUUGUUUCUCUAUUUCCUUCUACUCAACAGUUGUUGUAAAGCCAUCACAAACUGUUCAUCUUACUGAAAGGAACAGUGAAACAGUUUUAGUUAUUCUGGACCUCCUGACUGUUCAGUAAGUCUGUUGAGUCUUUAGAUAAACUGAUAUAUAAAUGAUUGCAUCGUCAGCAUACGUUCGGCGUUCAGGUGUCAUAUCGUUGAUUUUGAAACCUUGUUCUGAGGAUUCCAGAUGUGAUUUCAACCAGCUGAGAGCCUAAAUAUACUGACACCACCACUUUAGUGAACUCAUCUUCAUAUUUUUGGAAAGAUAAUGUGGCCACCUCUGUCCGGUGGUCGUUGUUUCCUGUUCUCCUGAUCCUGACCUGCCUGAUUCCAGGACUUUGAUUCUUUACCUGCCUAAGCUGUCCUUCCUGUUUGCCUUCCAGGUUUUGACCUGUACUUACAAACUAAGUACUUAUGUACUUGUACUUGUCAUGUACUGUACUUAUGGAUUAAAGAUUUGAA